ACUUCAGAUGUUGAACAGUGUAAGAAGAAACACUGUGAUAAAAAAUUCAGUCAUUAUACCCUUAUAUGAAAAUGAUAUGAAAGAGAGAGAGAAAGAGAAGAAAAACAUGACCAUGGAUCGAGGCUCAGAGAGCAGUUCAGAGUCACCAACAAGGGAGUUGAAAGUUAUCUCCAUAGAGUGUUUACGAGCAACUUCAAAAUCCGAUGAAUGGAGCGCCGCCGACGUGCUUCAAAGCGGCGAUAUAGUAGAGGAGAUCCGGAUUGGCUCAUCGGCCGGUUCCUUGGUCCGGUUCAGGCAACCCUUCAAGAACGGUCGGACCGGACUCAACAAGAUCCUUCAUGAUGCAUACAAGAAGAAGGAGACGUCCGUCCUUGUAAGAGUCCGACGUGGACCUCAUGAGUUCGUUGAGCUGCAGGCCUGCGUCGUCCCCGGAGACUCCUCCUCCGGCAAGAAGAACUACUUCUUGAGGUCCAUCGCCGAUGCCAAUUACGUCGUUGGCUUCUUGGACACAACCGAAAGUGAAUGCUACCGCUUACAAGGUUCAAGGGCGAGUAGGAUGGUAAGUGCACUAACAAGAAGUAAGGCACAAGAUGGAUAUGUAUCAUAUCCAUGGGAGAAGAAGAUGCAGGAGAUGCUUUCAGUUCCCAAUUCUGGCAACUUCAUCUCCAUGUUAUUUCUUCCCAAAGCUUCCGACCGAGUGGCGUCUCGCUACCACGACGUGGAGGACACUCUAGCGAGGGCAAAUGCAUGGCUUAAUGCAGCUCAAGCUUCAGGGGUUCCUCUUGUCUUUAUGAACAUCCAAACUGAGUCACUACUCACUAAGAUAUCUGGAGAGAAAUAA